UUAAACAAUCUUAACAUGGAAUGAGAAAAACUGCGAAUGAGAAAAUCUGGGCGGGAAAGAGUCGAAUCGAUAAUUAAAAAAACUUUGAUAAUUUUGAGCUUCUUAUUAUUAAUUAAGAUAUGAAAAGGAAUGCAUCGUCGUCUCUGCCCAAUGUUUUUCCCCAUCUCCACUCCAUUACUGUUACCAGUUCCGCCGCCCAACUCCGACGACCACAUCCACAAGACACAUCCUUCGAUAACACGUUGAAAUCCACUAAAUACGAUCAACCAUGUAUCAAAACGCCAUCGCUUCCACGCACUGAUGAAACCCCAAGAGAGCGCUUGAUUUCCAUCAUUAAAUCAUGCUCUUCCAGGACCCUUUUGCUCCAAAUCCAUGCUCACAUAAUCCGUACGUUUAUCGUUCGAGAUCACGCCGUUUCUCUGGAGUUCUUGGCUCGCUCUGCUCUCUCGCCCUUUUGUGAUUUGCACUACUCUCGCCUGGUUUUUUCUGAGAUUUCGAGACCGUCUGUUCUUCACUAUAAUGUUAUGAUCAGGGCCUACUCCACGAGUGACUCGCCUGAGGAUGGGUUUUAUAUGUAUAAAGAUAUGAGAAGGCGAGACCCAUUGUCGUCGUCCUUUGCUCUGAAGUCUUGUAUUAGAAUUUCGUCGAUUUCGGGUGGGAUACAGAUACACGCGAGGAUUUUGAGAGAUGGGCAUCAAUUAGAUAGCCUUUUGCUAACAACUUUGAUGGACUUGUAUUCUAGCUCUGGGAAAUUUUGUGAAGCGCUUAAAGUGUUCGAUGAAAUGCCUCACAGAGAUACAGUUGCUUGGAAUGUAUUGAUUUCUUGCUAUUUGCGUAACAAACGGACCCGGGAUGGUUUGGCUUUGUUUGAUGCUAUGCAGAGUGAAGAAUAUGGCUGUGAUCCGGAUGAGGUUACUUGUUUGCUUAUGCUCCAAGCCUGCGCCAACUUGAAUGCACUGGAGUUUGGUGAACGUGUGCAUGCAUACAUAGAAGAACAUGGUUACGAUCGUACUAAUUUGAGGAAUUCCCUUGUAUCAAUGUAUUCAAAAUGUGGAUGUCUGGAAAAGGCUUAUGAAGUUUUCAAGGGAAUACCUAAUAAAAACGUGGUUUCAUGGAGUGCCAUGAUUUCAGGUUUUGCAGUAAAUGGAUAUGGAAAAGAAGCUAUAGAUGCAUUUGAAGAGAUGCUGAGGAUGCGUGUUCCACCUGAUCCUCAGACCUUUACUGGUGUUCUAUCUGCUUGUAGUCAUUGCGGGUUUGUUGAUGAAGGAAUGAUGUGUUUUGAUCAAAUGAGCAAAGAGUUUGGGAUAUCACCUAACAUCCGUCACUAUGGCUGCUUGGUUGAUCUAUUAGGCCGUGCUGGUCUGCUUGAUAAGGCAUAUCAGAUUAUAGUGUCAAUGGAUAUUAAGCCGGAUCCAGAAAUAUGGAGGACCUUACUUGGGGCUUGUAGAAUUCAUGGCCAUGUUAACCUUGGUGAACGAGUUGUUGGCCAUCUGAUUGAACUUAAGGCUGAAGAAGCUGGAGAUUAUGUUCUGUUACUGAAUAUUUAUUCUUCAGCUGAAAAGUGGGACAAGGUAGCAGAAGUGAGGAAGUUUCUGAAAGAUAAAGCAAUACAAACAACACCAGGAUGUAGCACAAUUGAAGUGAAAGGGAAGUUACAUGAAUUUGUAGCCGACGAUGUCUUGCAUCCACAAAAGGGAAAAAUCUAUGAUAUGCUGGAUGAGAUCAACAGUCAGCUGAAGAUUGCUGGUUAUGCAGUUGAGAUAUCGUCCGAAUUGCAUAAUCUGGGAGAAAAAGAAAAACAAUGUGCCCUCACUUAUCACAGUGAAAAAUUAGCCAUUGCUUUUGGGAUUCUCUCAACUCCACCUGGAACAACGAUUAGGGUGGCAAAAAAUCUACGAACUUGUGUUGAUUGCCACAACUUUGCAAAGAUUCUUUCAGGCGUUUAUAACAGAGAGGUGAUUAUCAGAGACCGCACACGGUUUCACCAUUUUCGAGACGGGCAAUGCUCUUGCAAUGACUAUUGGUAGGAACAUUCAAAGCUAGAAGAUAACACUGAAAAGUGGAAACGCUGUAUCCAAAUGAAUUUGACUAGCUGAAUUCAGUUGGUUGGCUCUCUAAGUCAAGGCCAAGAAGACGUCAAGUAUGCACAUCAUAACAGAGUAGUCAUCAACAAUUACUUUUUGGUACUUGAUAGCAUUCUACUGUUGGGUUCCAGAUGUGAGGAGUUAAUUCUUUGAAGGUGAUUCCAAUCUCCAUCCUGAUCUAAAUCUUAAGAGUGUUGACUAAUUUAACUGUAUCAAGGUAUCUGAUUUGUUAUUGGGUUCUACAGUUUUGGUGAUUUAUUUGGUUGAAUCCAGCCCCGCUAACCAAAUUUUUGAUGUAAGAUAUAAUAUUUGAUUUGUU